AUGGCCGAAAACAAGGUUCAUCCAGCCACCAUUGUUUCCAACAUCAAGGCGUGCAUCCCUAUCACCCUUGAUUAUGAAGGAAAACAAUACAACAGCUGGUCCACCCUUUUUCAACUUCAUUGUCGUGCUAAUAUGGUGAUCAACCAUAUUCAACCUCUAACAGUUAAUCCUUCGGUCGCGGUUCCCGCUCCGACGGAAUCCGAAAAGGCUUUAACACAGAGACUUGAUGACAUUGUUCGUCAAUGGAUUUACGGGACCAUUUCUAAUGAUCUCCUAAAUUCCAUCCUCGAUCCUGAUGACUCGGCAGUUGAUGCUUGGAACAGAUUGCAGCAAUUUUUUCUUAACAACAAAUCUGCAAGAGCUUUGCUUUACAAACACCAAGCUCGCUCAUUUUGA